AUGAACACCUGCAACGAGAAAACGGUUGAAGCCACACAACACAACGAAGAAAUGGCAGCAGUCUCCGUUAAAGCCCGUAUUCCACAAUUCUGGCGUCAAAAGCCUAGACUUUGGUUCGCACAAUACGAGUCAAUUAUCGCUAACCAGAAGAUGGGAGACGAAGCAAAAUAUCAUCUCGUCGUGGCUCAACUUGAACUGGCCGACAUCGAGCAAGUUGGAGAUAUAAUAUUAUCCCCACCGGAAAGCAACAAAUACGAAGCUCUGAAACAACGAUUACUAUCUGUCUACGAAGAAUCGGAGUCCAGACAACUUCAAAAACUACUCGGAGAGAUGGAGCUAGGAAGCCAAAAACCCUCACAGCUGCUGAGGAAGAUGCGUGAUCUAGCACUUGACAGAGUCCCAGAUAACACCUUGAGAGUGAUGUGGACUGGGCACCUACCUUCAUCAGUUCGUGCCGUACUCGCCAUCAGUGCUGAAACAAAGUUGGACCUCCUCGCUUCAAUGGCUGAUAAGAUGACAGAACAGACACAAGAAGUCAAUUCUAUUUGUUCCUGCAGUACUUCGAAGCCUACUACAAACGAAGAUUUACUGAGCAAGAUCGACGCCCUAUCUAAAGAAAUCGCAUCGCUUAAGAUGGAACAGAACCAAAAACAGCAAGAACGAAGAUUCGUUAAACUAACAACGACUCAAGCAACGACGGGGGCUGGAGUCGACGAAAUAUCAAACCACCGUCUCUUCAUUAAAGAUAAAACCUCGGCUCUCAACUUUCUCAUCGACACCGGCGCAAACAUUUCCGUCCUACCCGCAACUCAGGCAGAUAAACGAAGAAACGCACCGAGUAAUUAUUUAUACGCCGCCAACGGUUCUUCAAUAUCUGUUUACGGCGAAAAGACAGUGGUGCUCAAUCUUGGGUUGCGGCGGCCAUACAGUUGGAGAUUUGUCAUCGCAGCAGUAUCGAAACCAAUACUGGGAGCAGAUUUUCUUCAACACUACAACAUCGUGGUCGAUUUACACGGAAGAAAAUUGAUAGAUAAACAAACAAAUCUAUCUACAAGAGGCUGUCUCAUCCCAACAACACAAGGCAGCGUUCGAACGUUGGACGACUCUCAACCCUACCACGAUUUACUCGCCAAGUUUCCGAAGAUUACCAGACCGAGCCUGAACAAUCUGUGCAACACUGAAGUCGAACACCACAUUGAAACUACCGGACCACCUAUAUUCUGCCGAGCAAGACCGCUACCGCCUCACAAAUAUAACGUAGCUAAAGAAGAAUUUCGUCAAAUGAUGAAUCAGGGCAUCUGCAGACCUUCCAGCAGCCCAUGGGCAAGCCCACUUCACCUGGUACCGAAGAAAGAUGGCCAAUACCGUCCCUGUGGUGAUUACAGAAGACUCAACGCUGUAACGAUCCCAGACCGAUAUCCGAUACCAAGACUUCACGACUUCACCUUCAACCUGCAAGGCAAGAAGAUAUUUUCGAAAAUAGACCUGCAAAAGGCCUACUUCCAAAUUAAAAUCCGUGAAGAGGAUAUUAAGAAGACCGCCAUCAUCACACCGUUUGGCCUAUUCGAAUUCACAAGAAUGUGCUUCGGUUUGAGAAACUCUGGCCAAACGUUUCAACGACACAUCGAUGACGUCAUGCGAGGCCUACCUGUGUUUUCGUUUGUUGAUGACAUACUCUGCGCUACGGAGGACGAGAUUUCGCACAAGUUAUUACUAGAAGAAGUAUUCACCAGACUAGAAAAAAAUGGCCUACAGAUUAAUGCCGCCAAAUGCAUUUUCGGCCAAGAAAACAUAGAAUUCCUGGGAUACAAUGUUUCUUCUGAAGGUAUCAAGCCAACAAACGAGAAGGUGAAAGUUAUUGAAAACUACCCGCAACCGACUACAAUUCACGAACUCAGGCGAUUCCUAGGAAUGAUUAACUUCUACCGUGAAAACAUUCCAAACGCCGCUCAACAUCAAAAUGCAUUGAACAAAUACAUGCACAACUCGAAAAGAAACGAUAAAACAAGAAUUGAUUGGGACAACGCAGCAUUACAAGCCUUCGAAGAGUGCAAGCGAGACAUCACUAACGCCGUCCUGCUCUCGCAUCCGUCGACAGUCGCACCUUUCGCCCUGAUGACCGACGCCUCCGAUACCUGCGCUGGAGCUGUUUUACAACAGAAAAUAGAGGGAAUUCAUCGAACACGCACUACUGCUUAUCAUCCUCAAACGAAUGGCAUCAUCGAACGCUGGCACAGAACGCUGAAAACUGCACUAACAGCUCGCCUUCAAAACAACACGACUUGGACACGCGAGCUACCUACCGUCCUACUGGGAUUGCGAGCAGCGAUAAAAGAAGACAUCGGACACAGCGCAGCCGAACUACUGUACAAUCAAGCACUUCGUCUACCCGGUGAAUUCUACGGUGAACCGGUGACGUCAUUCACAUCGUCACAAUUUCAUAACGACCUCACAGAAGCUAUGCACAAAGCGCAAAAACAAAGAUCGUCGUCGAGGCCUACGUUCGUGCAUAAAGAUCUACAUAUAUGUACCCACGUAUUUGUAAGGAACGAUGCCGUACGCAAGCCACUCACACCAAGUUACACCGGACCUUUCAAAGUCAUCGAUCGCAACGACAAAUACUUCGCCAUUCAAAUGCCACUCAGACGCACGAACAUCUCAAUUGAAAGACUGAAACCAGCAUUCAUCAUAAACACGGAAGCUGAAGACGCUGAAGCACCCAAGCACUCAAACAACUUGCACACCUACGUCACAAGAACAGGAAGAACAUCGAAGCCUCCCGUACGCUUCGCUGAGGGGGGAGUGAUGUAG